AAAAUAUUGCAGGUUAAAAAAGAUAUUACAACUUUUGUAUCAUUCUGUUAUUAUGUGAAAAAUAUAUAUAUAUAUAUAUAUAUAUAUUCAAGCAAUUCCUAAUUGAUUGGGGGAAGAAAAAAAAAAAUGCUGGAUCCAGUAGAUGUGGAUAUUGCUGAUGCUGAUUUUCUCAGUGAUAGAGGUGAAGAUCUUCAUACUGAUGAUGAUUCUGAUUCUGAUAUUGAUAAUUACUGUCAUCAGUUUACUUGCAAGAAUCGCUUAUUUGGCCGCCAGAAGCCUCUCCAUUUGGUCCUUGGCCGUGGAAGAUGUGCUGACAUUAUAUUAUGGCGGAAUAAGGAAAAAUCAGCAUGCAUACUUGCCGGUGCAACAGUUAUAUGGCUUCUCUUUGAGAAGAUAGAUUAUCACUUGCUUACAUUUGUUUGCCAUUUUCUAUUACUCGUCUUGGUUCCACUGUUCUUGUGGUUCAGUGUAGCCUCUUUUACUCAUAUAUCGCCACCAGAAGUUCCCGAAAUUAUUAUACCACGGGACUUAUUUGUGGCUAUUGCUCUCCAGAUGAGGAUUGAAUAUAUUGGAGCAUUAAGAAUUUUAGGUGAUGCAAGUUUUGGGACAGAUACUAAAAAAUUUUUCAAGGUGAUUGUGGCUUUGUGGGGUCUUUCUGUUCUUGGUAGUUGGUUCAAUUUUUUAACUCUCUUUUACCUGGCGACUGUGAUUGUGAUGGUAGUGCCAGUGCUGUAUGAGAAGUAUGAAGACACUGUCGAUACCUUUGCUGAGAAGGCACUAGUCGAGUUAAAGAUUCAAUAUAAAUUGUUGAAUGAAAAUGUUCUCCAGAAAAUCCCAAAAGCAAUAAUGUCUUACAAGAACAAGAAGCAGCACUAAUCAUGAUUUUGUAUCCUUCCAUAAGCCAUUCUCACCCAUUCUUGUGUCAAUUUCCCUAAUUUUUUUUUUUUUUUCUAAUUCUAGAUUGAAC